AUGGUUUGCAAUGCAAAUCACUGGGUUGGUAACACAGGGUACCAUAACCAUGGUAACCAAAUACAGACAGGUUUGCUCCACUGCCUCAGAGAAGAGCAUUCCAGUCCUGCUUUCAGAACUGACGCCACUGUCAACAGGUCGAAGGGCAUUAAAGGGGGAGGUUCCAUAGAAAUAAAAACACAACUGGAACCCUUGUGUUCACUCCUCACUCUUCCUCUGAGCCUGAGAUUUGUUCCUAGUAACUCCCUGCACUGCCUUGCUGCUUCGCUCCCUUUAGAGGGGAGGACAGAGAGAAUCAGCUUGACCAGGGCUCUUAGCAAGCAGACUGUCCCCGUGCCCCCCAGCUUUUAUAGCAGACAGAAACCCGGGUCCCAGUCCUGUGGUCACAAGGGCCCUUUAGUCUUAGCAGCUGUGACAGACAGGAAGGCACGAAGACUUCACAAAUCCUUUGGACAACAACUACAGCAAGCGACAAGUUUGCAGAAUUAUUCUCUUAGGAUGGCAGAGAUGUCACAAGUGCCUGACAAACCUCAAGAAGGCCAGGAAAAGAGCAAGCGGAAGAUCCUGAGGCACACUAAGAAGGCAUGGGUUCCUCUGGAUGAGCAGCCGUUUUCUGACCCCAGAGAGGAAGGAGAGACUCCCAUAAUCCCUCUGGUGGAAGACUCCAAACAAGAAAAUACACAGCAGUGGCUGGACUCUGGAUUCUUUGUCUCUGCAGAUGACAACGUUCAGCGAGUUCUUGACCACACUGCUUCUUUGCAUGACCAAGGAAUGGUUCAAAUGACUGUGAAAGACUACAUGAGAUCUCUCCGUCAGUUUUCAGAAACUCCCAGCCUGUCCAGAGGGACUAGUUUCAGCUCUUGCCAUUCUGCUGCAAGUUUACCACAAAGCAUCCCUGAAUGGCUGGAAUUUUGGGAAAGAGAUCCAGUGGAGAUUCUCCUGGAUCUGGGCUUUGGUACUGAUGAACCGGACAUCUGUGCACAAAUCCCAGCCAGAUUCCUGGAUUGUGGCUCAGUGGCCAGAGGGAUCAACACCCAUGUUUUCCUUGAGGCUCAAAAGCAGCGGAUUCUUGUUGAGAAUCCCAGCUUAUGUGGCCAUUUCCAUCAGCUGGGAAGCUUGGAUCAUGGGAACAGCACCUUCUCAUCUUUGCUGAAUGAUAUUAACAUCCUACAGAACAAAGUGGAGGGGGAGUCUGGAGGAGAGAGUGCACAGGGAACCUCAGUGAGUGCGACCAAAGGGCAUCAAAGAAGAAUGGGGAAACUUACAAGGAGAGCUUCAAGACAGACCAUCAGGAGAGACUGCGACUCGGAAGCUUCAUUUAAGUUGGAGGAUGAUGUUUUCAUUCCUUCUUCCCAACCAGAAGCAAAUGGAGCAGAGUUACCAGCUGCCUCAGUCAACCAAAGGCAUCUGUCUCCUGUGGCAGAAAAUCAGUCACUGCAAGCCAGUGGUGACUGGAUACCUGGUCGUCCUCUGCAAGGUCUUCUGAGCAAGCAGUGGCCACACUCAUCCCCACAGGCCAAGCAGGUUCCUCCAUCCUGUGUGUUUGAGGGAUCAGUCAAGGAAAGAAUGUGGAAGAACUCGAUUCACUCUAAUAAGCUCAAGAACUGGUCUUGUCUUGUGGGUAAAGGACCAGACUCCUUUGAAAUGGAAGAGGUCCAGAGCUUUGAGGAAGACACUGGGAAUGCCCUUGACAGGACUCCAGGAACCAUGGGUAGCUGGGUGGGCAGAGCGAACAGCUGUCAGUCUGACAGCAGUGGGUUCCUGGAGGAGCCACCGGAACCACUACCCCUGCAGAUGCCUUCCUUGCCAAGCAGUCAGAGUCCUGCUGAGAACCCUGGCAGCAAGCCUGGUGGUGGGAGCCACAGCUUUGGGUUCUCUCAGGACUGGCAGCCAGAGGCCGAUGGAUCUGAUCCCAAGAGUGCUGUGAGCACACCUGCUCCAAGCCAGUCCUGGAGUGUGUUGGAAGAAAAGGGCUCAGACCUUGUGGUGGGAGAAGAAUCUCAGCUUGAGGCCAUCCAGGAGCCCAUGGAGCACUUGACCCCAGAUCUGGCCCUUACCCAGACCACCCACAGGGGGGCACACCUAAAGGAAGAUGGCCAUGUGCCCCUGCCACCAGCCUGCCCUGGGUAUGAGGACGUUGAACCCCUCGUCACUUCCAUGAAUGAUCCUCUGGGGUUCACGAUGACCCACACCACAGGAGAAGGCAAGGACGAGUUUCUCAGGCCCUCUGGAGCUGGCACAGCGCACAUGCAGAAUGCACGCUCCCAGGAGUCUCUGAGGGCUCCCAGAAACGACCAUGCUGUAGACAGGCUCCUCCAACUGGACACCGAGGCCCCAGGAGAGGACAAGAGCAGAAGUCAUCCUGACACCAGCAACAGCUUACUGGCAGGACACAGUCCACCAUGGCAUGAGUCUCGUGUCCCCGAGCAGAGCAAAGUCACACCCGGUACAGCGGACCGCAUUCCCAUGUCUGUGGAGUCUAUUCCCCACUUGGAAAACCCCCCUGGGGACCUGCCCACGAAUGCCGAUGCAAACACUAGCAGCUCCAGGUCUGUGACGAUCCAGAUGUCCUCCAGCCUGCUGUCGGCUGCCUGGAGCACAAUGGCCUUGGGGACCGACUAUAGAGGAACAGCGUCAGACCGUGUUGUGUCUGACUUUGCCACCACAAGAGGAUCGAGGCUGCGGACAGAGGAGAGACAGUUCCGCGAUGUUUCGGUUCAGACUGAUUUCUCUGAGCCCAGGCCCUGGCGUUGCUGUGCAGCCCUGAGGAAUGAGGCCUUGACACAUGGGCUCCAGCCCCUCACCAGAUCUGUCUCUCUGGACACAGGCUUCCCCUGUGCCUACCCAGUGGGCACCUGUCUGGCUGCACCUGCGCUUGGCUGUGUCUGUGGUCCUCACCAUCCCCACUGCUGCUGGGAGAAGCAAAGCUGCAGCCCUGCACCCCCAGCCUGUGGGCAUUGCCUGUGCUCACAGGCUGCUGGGCAUCCAGACGCCCACAUGGCGGCCCUGAAGAUCCUUCAGGACACUCCUGUGAGGGAGCUGUGUUCCUUCACAGUCCAGGAGAUGGAGGCCAUGAAGAUGGUAUGCCACGGUUUCCGAGAGCAUUUGGAGGAAAUCGAACAGCACCUUACAGGACAGCAGGCACUCUUCUCCAGACACAUGUCAGAGGAGGAAAGGGAGGAAGCAGCCCAACUGCAAACUUUGCGUGAGACCCUGAGGCAGCAGGUGGCAGAGCUGGAGUUUCAGUUAGGAGACCGGGCGCGGCAAGUCAGAGAAGGGAUUCUCUUGCAGCUGGAGCUUCUCACAGGGCAGCCACUUGAACAUUGUACAAAUCUGCCUCAUUGGACCUGGACGGAAGGAAACAAUGGCCAAACUUCAUGUGCUGAACUUCACCCAGCCAUGACUGCUGGGGCUACCAUUCCUCCCAACAGUGGCCAACAGGCCCCCAGCUCAGGGUGUUUGUUUAUGGAUGGCUUUGACAACCUGGAAGAUGGCUUCUGAUGUGACAGUGAGGAAAAGGAGACCCGUUGCUU